AUGAGCCAGUGCUAUGGAGAAGACAUGAUCAUCGAGUGCAAGCCUGGCAGCAUGAUCAGGGUGAUCACAGCAUUCUACAGGCAGUCAGUGCACUGUCCUGGGGGGUAUCACAGUAUCUACUGUAUACAGGAAGAGACCCACAACCCCCCCUGUGUCGGACAGCAACAGUGUGCUUUCACAGCCCCCUGGGUGUUCUUAUCCUCAGACUGUGCAUACAGCAAUGACUUUCAAAUCACGUAUGAAUGCAUCCCAGAUAAUUACCAUAAUAACGUCUGCCAAGAAAACAAAAUCACAGAGCAAAAUGGUUACUUAACCAGCCCAAACUACCCAGACAAGUACCCAUUGCUGACGUCAUGCAGUAUAAGUAUAGAGGUGAAACCACACCAGAAGAUCAGGGUUUACCUACUGGAUGUUUAUUUGGCAUACUUGAAGACCGACUCGAGGAUCAUUUGUAUCGAUCAUGUUGUGAUAAGUGACAGUCUUCAUAAAACAGAGAAACUUUGCCGUGGAAAAAGACGUGGAGUUGCUUUCUUCAGUGAGAAUAAUCAGAUUUCAGUGACAUUCCAUAGUGACAAACAUGAGAUAGGGAAUUCAAAGGGGUUCUGGCUAUAUUAUGAAGCAUUUCCUCUGACUGAUGGACACGCUAAGGAGAGGGUAGGGUACCAAGAGUGGAGGAGACUCCUGCUGAGCAACCAAACACAGCCAGCAUUUGAUAUACCACACAGUAACAGCAAUGCAAGAACAGUAGCAGUAUAUGACACAUUGUUAGGGAUAAAAAGCACAAGAGAAAGGCAUAACAGCACAGCACUUGGGGACCUCACCUUGGAAGGUGUCCCAGUUCAUGGUUUGGAACACUAUACAAGGAAGACGUCUGGGAGAGCGGCAGCAGCAGUUGGGAUGGAGGCAGAGGUUGGGGCCGACCCUGAGCCCACUGGAAGCCCAGCACAGAACAUGACAGGUGCAAUAGUCACCAGCACAGUUGUGGGCUUGAUAGUAUUCGCCAUGUUGAUAGCCAUGAUCAUAUACUUAUGGUUCAAAAAGAGGAAAGAAGGACAUCAGAUUGAUGAACAAUUCCAUAAAGACAUUAUCUGGGCUUAUGACCCUCCAAAAAGUGACCAACCGGUCCAAGUUAGUUUUGAAAACCCCAACUAUAGCCCAAGCACUCUGUGGCACGACAAUCCUACGCUCCGAGCCAUGCAAAACUGUAAUCCCUCACAUAACCCAAAUCUAGUCUAUGCCUCGCCCAUGGAGGACAAAAAUACUGGCAAUAUUUCAACAACAAGGAGUACAGGUGCAAUAUAUGCAAAGCCAAACAAACUUGGCAAGAAACCCCUGACAUUCAGCGGAGUACCAUGGAACUUUCAAAGCACUGGUGCUGUGAACAACAAUCAGGCAACUAAAGAUGAGAGAACUCUUAGUGAGGAUUUCUUCAUUCCUCCAGUUCCUGUCAAGAUGGCGGCAGCGAAUCAGAGGUACAGUCCUGUGCCCGAGGAGAUCAUAGAUCUAGAUGAGGUGCUAAAACAGCAAGAGGAGGAAGAGGAGGAGUACCACAACAACAGAGAAGACUGUUCAUCUGUUUCAUCAGCCUCAUCUUGGGAAUAUUCUGAGACACGCAGUGAAAUAAACUCUUACGCAGGGAGCAGCCCAAUGGCUCCGAGAAAACUCUGUGAAGAUGGUGAGUUUGUUAAAGAAGACAAAAACAAGAUUCUCACGGCACCCAGGAGUCCAAGACACAGUCGCUCACCAUCUUUGGUUGAACAAAUGGAGGUCUUCUACUCUGGCCUAUCCAAUGCGCCAGUUCCACUGGACAUUGUUACAACGAGUACAGAUGAGGAACUUGAUGAAGACAACAUGCACGAAACAUUCUUUGGGAAUGUUUGUGGAAUUAAUGAUGGGUUUCUUGAUGACAGUAACAGUAACAGCUACAGUGACAAUAGCCAUGACAGUGACAGUCAAAAUGAGAUGGACAGUGAUGAGCUGGAUAGAGAAGCUUCUAACUAAUUCAUAUUACAUUGAGUUAAGCAGUCUCAAUAAUAUACUUAUCUAUAAUACUGUGUUCUGGUUGGUGAAACAGUGGAUAAACUAUAUAUUAGAGCAUCAUUUUAAAGAAAAUAUCAUCAGCAGCAACAUCAGCAGUAAUGAUAAAUAAACUAAGCAAUUAACUGAAGAGAUAACUCAAUAAAAUGUCAUUUAAUCAAAUAAAUAACUGUAAUAAAAAGAAGUUUUCAAUCAUUUUAAUUUUCAUAGAAAACAAUCUGAAGUUGUAAAAAAAAAAUGUCUGUUUGGAAUUCAUAUUCCUGAGUUAGAGAGUUUAUAUUUAUACAGUGGGUUUCCAUAUUUCAAAUACUAAUGAAAUCACUGUGCAAUAACAAUCAAAUGUGUAUGUGUGUAACUUAUUUAGAACCAUACAGCAAAU